AUGAGUACAACCAAGAUGACAAGGAACAAAAUGUCUCAACCACUCUGCAAAGGCGGGCGCAAACUCUGUGCUAUGUUGAGAACAAGACUCCCUGGUCAUCGCAUUUCCUUAUUAAAAACUCUUCGAGAAACAGCUUCAUCGUAUGCUGCCCUGGAUAAAAAAAAGCUCACUAAUUAUGAUAACUUCUGGAACAUCCUUCGAAAGUUGAACAGCCAGCAGUCCUUACGAUCCGUGAAGUAAUAAGAACCAGCAAAGACUCCCUCAAAUGAUCUCACUGAUUGAAAUCUGUCUCUGUAUGGGCGAUUUCAGUGGAAGAUUAUACCUGACACAUUCCAAUACCAAGCAACUCUAGAAACACAAGAAUUUCUAGGUGUGACAAUUAAUUGUUAUUGCUAAAAUCAUUGGAAUUUAAACUUUUAUAAACAAUUUUUCAAAAUGAAAGCAAAGUAGGAUUGAAAUUAACUUUUUUCGGUUGUCACAUUUCAUGUUUGCCUAUAGCUGGACUAACUUUCCUUCGUUUUGAAAUAUAAAUAUUAGAAACUUAAUUGUACAUGUAUUAAUUUGUACUAUUCUUCUUUCUAAAGUAGAGGAUAUUUCAAAUGAAUGUACAAAUAUGUACCUAGUAUUUUAUGUUUUACUAUGGGACCAUUUCAUUUCAUGUGUUCUUGUUUAUUA